GGAGCUGGGGAUUAAUGGGAAAAGUUUUGGCAGGCUUCGGAGGAUCCUGCGGAGCUUGCGGGACGGCAGCGGCGGCGCGGGAGGCGGCCAGGACAGUGUUGCGUGGUGUUUUGGGCAUGCACGUGGUACUCACGCAGUGGCUUCUGUUCACCGACAGAUGAGGACAGAUGCACCAAAGAGGCUGAUGGCAACUGCCCUGUAGAGGUCCGUCUGCGUUCAGACCCAGAUGAUGCCAGAGCUAUGACCGGGCCUGCAGGCGUGGCGCCGAGGGGAUAUCAGCCAUGGAGCAGCCACCGGGGGAAGCCCCUGAGGUCCGGGAAGAGGAGGAGAAAAAGGAAGUGGCAGAGGCAGAAGGAGCCCCAGAACUCAAUGGAGGACCAGAGCGCUCACUUCCUUCCAGCAGCUAUACAGACCUCUCCCGGAGCUCCUCGCCACCCUCACUGCUGGACCAGUUGCAGAUGGGCUGUGACGGGGCCUCGUGUGGCAGCCUCAACAUGGAGUGCCGUGUGUGCGGGGACAAGGCAUCAGGCUUCCACUAUGGUGUUCACGCGUGUGAGGGCUGCAAGGGCUUCUUCCGCCGGACGAUCCGCAUGAAGCUGGAGUACGAGAAGUGUGAGCGCAUCUGCAAGAUCCAGAAGAAGAACCGCAACAAGUGCCAGUACUGCCGCUUCCAGAAGUGCGUGGCGCUCGGCAUGUCACACAACGCCAUCCGCUUUGGCCGGAUGCCAGAGGCCGAGAAGAGGAAGCUGGUGGCAGGGCUGACGGCAAGUGAGGGGAAUCAGCACAACCCACAGGUGGCUGACCUGAAGGCCUUCUCCAAGCACAUCUACAACGCCUACCUGAAAAACUUCAACAUGACCAAAAAGAAGGCCCGUGGCAUCCUCACCGGCAAGGCCAGCCACACGGCGCCCUUUGUGAUCCAUGACAUCGAGACAUUGUGGCAAGCAGAGAAGGGCCUGGUGUGGAAGCAGCUGGUGAACGGCCUGCCCCCCUACAAGGAGAUCAGCGUGCACGUCUUCUACCGCUGCCAGUGCACCACGGUUGAGACAGUGCGGGAGCUCACCGAGUUCGCCAAGAGCAUCCCCAGCUUCAGCACCCUCUUCCUUAACGACCAGGUGACCCUUCUCAAGUACGGUGUACAUGAGGCCAUAUUCGCUAUGCUGGCCUCCAUCGUCAACAAGGACGGCUUACUGGUGGCCAACGGCACUGGGUUCGUCACCCGGGAGUUCCUGCGGAGCCUCCGGAAGCCCUUCAGUGACAUCAUCGAGCCCAAGUUUGAGUUUGCGGUCAAGUUCAACGCCCUGGAACUUGAUGACAGUGACUUGGCUCUCUUCAUUGCGGCCAUCAUUCUCUGUGGAGACCGGCCAGGCCUCAUAAACGUGCCCCAGGUGGAGGCCAUCCAGGACACCAUCCUGCGUGCCCUCGAGUUCCACCUGCAGGCCAACCACCCGUACGCCCAGUACCUCUUCCCCAAGCUGCUGCAGAAAAUGGCUGACCUGCGGCAGCUGGUCACCGAGCACGCGCAGAUGAUGCAGCGCAUCAAGAAGACCGAGACAGAGACCUCGCUGCACCCCCUGCUCCAGGAGAUCUACAAGGACAUGUACUGAGGGCAUGCGCCCGGGGUCUCUGGGGGCAGGCGGACAGAGCUGGGGCAGACGCCGCCCUUGGGACUUACCCAGAGAGCAGUCCCCGAGCCCUGGGCGCCCACGGGCCCGGAGCAGUGGAGCCACACUGCCGCCCUCAGACACACGGCCCCUUGCUCCCUGCGUUCGCUCCCUCCCCGUCUUCAUCUGCCUCUUUCUCAGAUCCUCUUUCUUCUCUAAUUUCUUCGCUCGCUCGCUCUCUCUUCCCGUCUCUCUGUAGGUUUCCCCUCUUCCUCCCUCCCUGGCCUUCCCUUUCUCUCCCCAUCCCUGUGUCUGCCCCCCUUUCUCUUUCUGUGAGACAGUUUGUGUUACUUCACCAGCAGCAUGGAACAUGUCCUCUGCUUUCGUCCGCCCCGUCCCCUGUCCCCCAGGAGCAGGGAGGAAUGGGCCUGCCCUCUGCACCAACAGUCACCUGCAAGGGUAGGCGCCUCACUUCUCCUGUCUUCACAGCAAAGGACGUGGGCCAGCCAAAGAAACACUAA